UGGCCGGUUUUCUGCCCUUUCCUCUCCCAGGUGCUGAUCAUCGGUGGUGGCGACGGGGGAGUGCUGCGAGAGGUGGUGAAACACCCGACCGUGGAGUCUGUGGUGCAGUGCGAAAUCGAUGAGGAUGUGAUCCAGGUAUCUAAGAAAUACCUCCCAGGGAUGGCAGUGGGGUAUUCCAGCGCUAAGCUGACCUUGCAUGUUGGAGAUGGUUUUGAGUUCAUGAAACAAAAUCAAGAAGCCUUUGAUGUGAUUAUCACGGACUCGUCUGACCCCAUGGGUCCUGCAGAAAGCUUAUUCAAAGAAUCCUACUACCAGCUGAUGAAGACAGCCCUGCGAGAAGAUGGGAUUCUUUGCUGCCAAGGUGAGUGCCAGUGGCUGCACCUGGAUCUCAUUAAGGAGAUGCGUCAGUUCUGCAAGUCUCUGUUCCCUGUUGUGGAAUACGCCUAUUGCACCAUCCCCACAUAUCCCAGCGGGCAGAUUGGCUUCAUGCUCUGCAGCAAGAACCCGAACACAAAUUUCCGGGAGCCUGUGCAGCAGCUCUCACAGCAACAAGUAGAGGAGAGGAGUCUGAAAUACUACAACUCUGACAUUCAUCGGGCAGCUUUCAUUCUGCCAGAGUUUGCACGGAAGGCCCUGAGCGAUGUGUGAGCCUGAGAAGCUGCUUCCUUCAAGUUGGACUCUGAGAUCAUCAGUGAUGUGGUGGGGACCUUCCCAGCAGACUGCAGUUUUGCUCUCCACUGUGUGGGAUUGUUUAACCCUUUGCCAGCCAACAUUCCUUUUGAUGAUGUGUUAAAGAUGAUGGGGCAUAAGCCAGAUAAGACUAUUGAAAAGGUCCAGUGACUUAUUGCGUGAGGUCAAAACUGUUCUUUCCAGUGCUGGAAGCGUAAGAUGUCUUUUUCCUAUCUCUCCUCCCUGCACCCAUUCUAAAUUCUCCCCUCCCUGCGCCCCCCUCCCACUCCACCUUCUUCAACUGACAUGAUAUAUUUAUAACUGACACGUACUUCUGUCUGGUGAUCUUCUGAAACCUGGGAAGAGUCCAGAAGAGUCACUGACUCAGCCUUAAGCACAGAGAGCGAGUGCUUUGUGGCAAAGUUAGCUUGCUCUCUCCUAAUAGGAGCUCCCUGCUGCUGAGACGUUUUGACUGGUAACGGGUCUGAGCCUUCAUGUCCCACUGCCCU